CGUUUGUCAUCUUUACAAAAAAUCUCUAUCUCUGGGAAGUGGGAAGGGGGACUGGGAGCUGCAUAGGAAUUCGAAGAAGGCACUUGUGAACUGGAGAAUGAAUCUUGAGUGAGAGACAUAACAGCAAAGAAUGAGCUCGCAGCUAUUGACUCUUCUUCCUCCACCACCACCCAUCUCCAAAAAAAUUUCAUCUCCUUCAUCUCAAUCCUCGGUACCGUCUUCCACAUCCCAUAAUAAUAAUCUUUACGAAAGAAUUUACAUCCCUUCUCAUGUCUACAGACACCCUUCUUCUAUCCUCUUAGAACUCUGCACUUCCAUUAAAGAACUCCACCAAAUGUUGCCUCUCGUUAUCAAGAAUGGCUUCUACCAUGAACACCUCUUCCAGACCAAGCUUGUUAGUUUGUUUUGUAACUAUGGUAGCAUCGGUGAGGCUGCUCGUGUUUUUGAGCCAAUUGAACACAAAAUCGAUGUGCUUUACCACACUAUGCUCAAAGGGUAUGCCAAAAACUCAACUCUAGGCGAUGCUUUGUCUUUUUAUCAUAGAAUGAAAUUGGAUGAUGUUAGACCUGUUGUUUAUGAUUUUACCUAUUUGUUGCAAUUGUGUGGUGAAAAAUUGGACCUCAAGAGGGGUAAAGAGAUUCAUGGGCAGUUAAUAACUAGUGGGUAUGAAUCGAAUUUGUUUGCCAUGACUGCGGUUGUGAAUUUGUAUGCAAAAUGUAGACAGAUUAAUGAAGCAUACAAGAUGUUUGAGAGAAUGCCGCAGAAGGACUUGGUUUCUUGGAAUACAGUAAUUUCUGGGUUUGCACAGAAUGGCCUGGCCAAGACAGCUAUAAAGUUGGUCUCAGAAAUGCAAGAGAGCGGUCUGAAGCCUGAUUCUAUCACAUUGGUUAGUGUUUUGCCGGCUGUUGCAGAUAUCAAGUCUUUGAGAAUUGGAAAGUCUAUUCAUGGCUAUGCCUUGAGAUCUGGGUUUGGAUCUUUCGUCAACGUCUCAACCGCCCUUGUAGAUAUGUAUUUCAAAUGCGGGUCAGUGAGAGAGGCAAGGUUGGUUUUUGAGGGGAUGAAUAGUAAGACUGUUGUUUCAUGGAAUUCCAUGAUUGAUGGCUAUGGACAAAAUGGCAAAUCUGAAGAAGCGUUUGCAACUUUUCUGAAGAUGUUGGAUGAGGGGGUGGAACCUACAAAUGUUACCAUAAUGGGAGCAUUACAUGCCUGUGCUGAUUUAAAUGAUCUUGAACGUGGGAAAUUUGUUCAUAAAUUAUUAAAUGAAUUAAAAUUCAAUUCUAAUGUGUCAGUUAUGAAUUCUUUAAUAUCUAUGUAUUCCAAGUGUAAGAGAGUUGAUAUUGCAGCCACGUUGUUUGAUGGCAUGCAGGAGAAAACACAAGUGACUUGGAAUGCCAUGUUAUUAGGUUAUGCACAAAAUGGUUUUGUAAAUGAAGCUCUAAAUCUGUUCUGUAAGAUGCAAUCUGAUGAUAUAAAACCAGAUUCUUUUACAUUUGUGAGUGUGAUUACUGCUCUUGCAGAUUUAUCAGUUACCCGCCAAGCAAAGUGGAUCCAUGGCCUUGUUACAAGAACUUGUUUAGACGGGAAUGUCUUUGUUGCCACUGCUCUUGUAGACACGUAUGCAAAAUGUGGAGCCAUACAAACAGCGAGAAAACUUUUUGAUGCAAUGGAAGAGCGACAUGUGAUAACAUGGAAUGCGAUGAUUGAUGGGUAUGGAACACAUGGCCUUGGAAGGGAAGCUUUGGACCUAUUCACUGAAAUGUUGAAGGGCUCUGUUAGACCAAAUGACACUACAUUUCUGUCUGUUAUCUCAGCUUGCAGCCAUUCAGUUGUGGAAGAGGGCCUUGACUACUUUGAAAUCAUGAAGGGAGAAUAUGGCCUAGAGCCUUCAAUGGAUCACUACGGUGCCAUGGUUGAUCUCCUUGGUCGAGCUGGACGGCUCGAUGAUGCUUGGGACUUCAUUCACAAAAUGCCUACCGAGCCAGAGAUUAAUGUUCUAGGUGCUAUGCUUGGUGCUUGCAGGAUCCAUAAAAAUGUAGAACUAGGGGAGAAGGUUGGUGACAAAAUUUUCGAGCUAAACCCAGAUGACGGUGGCUACCAUGUGUUGCUUGCGAACAUGUAUGCCUCUGCUUCCAUGUGGGACAAAGUGGCCAAGGUAAGGACAGCCAUGGAGAAGCAAGGGAUUCAGAAAACUCCAGGCUGCAGUUUGGUGGAACUGAGAAAUGAAGUUCACACAUUCUACUCUGGAAGCACCAAUCACCCACAAUCCAAAAGAAUCUAUGCUUAUCUUGAGAACCUAGGAGAUGAGAUAAAAGCUGCUGGUUAUGUGCCAGACACAAACUCUAUUCAUGAUGUAGAAGAAGAUGUGAAGGAGCAAUUGCUGAAUAGUCAUAGCGAAAGGCUUGCCAUUGCAUUUGGACUUCUAAACACAAGGCCUGGCACAACAAUACACAUAAGGAAGAAUCUGAGAGUCUGUGGUGAUUGCCAUAAUGCAAGCAAGUACAUUUCACUUGUGACAGGGAGGGAAAUCGUUGUGCGUGAUAUGCGCAGGUUCCAUCAUUUUAAGGACGGGAAUUGUUCUUGUGGAGAUUAUUGGUGAAGCAAUGAUUGAUUGCCUUGUUGUUGUGAUCAGUUCAUGAGAGAUUUUAGGGUAGACUUGGAUGUACAACAAGGUAUUUUUGUAGAUACUAAUUGUAAGAAACCAUAACUUGAACU